CGAGCGCGGGCGGACCGCCUCGCCAAUGCUGCAGGGGCCACUUUGAGCGCACCCCGGCUUCCCUCGGCGGGGACCCCGACACCCCGAGCGCGGUGCCCGGUUCUGCCCUCUCCAGCCCGGCUCGCCCCGCGUUUGGACAUGGAGGGGGCCGCUGCGCCCGCGGCCGGGGAUGGCCCCGACUUGAGGCCGGGGGCGCCGGGCUCUCCUCCCGAGGCGGGGGCGGAGGCGACUGCAGCCCCCGCGGCGGCCCCGGAGCCAAGGAAGCCGCACGGGGUGAAGCGGCAUCACCACAAACACAACUUGAAGCACCGCUACGAGCUGCAGGAGACCCUGGGCAAAGGCACCUACGGCAAAGUCAAGAGGGCCACCGAGAGAUUUUCGGGCCGAGUGGUUGCUAUAAAAUCCAUCCGUAAGGACAAAAUUAAGGAUGAACAAGACAUGGUUCACAUCAGACGAGAGAUUGAGAUCAUGUCAUCCCUCAACCAUCCUCAUAUCAUCAGUAUUUAUGAAGUGUUUGAGAACAAAGAUAAGAUUGUGAUCAUCAUGGAGUACGCGAGCAAAGGGGAGCUGUACGAUUACAUCAGCGAGCGGCGUCGCCUCAGCGAGAGGGAGACCAGACACUUCUUCCGGCAGAUUGUCUCUGCCGUGCACUACUGUCACAAGAAUGGCGUGGUCCACCGGGACCUGAAGCUGGAAAAUAUACUGCUCGAUGACAACUGUAAUAUUAAGAUUGCUGACUUUGGGCUUUCCAACCUAUACCAGAAGGACAAGUUCUUGCAAACAUUUUGUGGGAGUCCACUCUAUGCAUCUCCUGAAAUUGUCAAUGGGAGACCUUAUCGAGGGCCAGAGGUGGACAGCUGGGCCCUGGGCGUGUUGCUUUACACUCUGGUUUAUGGAACGAUGCCCUUCGAUGGUUUUGAUCACAAAAACCUCAUCCGGCAGAUCAGCAGUGGAGAGUACCGGGAGCCCACGCAGCCCUCAGAUGCUCGAGGACUCAUACGGUGGAUGCUGAUGGUGAACCCUGAUCGCCGGGCCACCAUCGAGGACAUCGCCAACCAUUGGUGGGUGAACUGGGGCUACAAAAGCAGCGUCUGUGACUGCGACACCCUUGCCAGCUCCGAGUCCCCACUCUUGGCUCGCAUCAUCGACUGGCACCACCGUUCCACGGGGCUGCAGGCUGAGACUGAAGCCAAAAUUAAAGGCCUGGCCAAACCCGGGGCCUCUGAGGUCAUGCUGGAGCGGCAGCGCUCGCUGAAGAAGUCCAAGAAAGAGAAUGACUUCGCCCAGUCUGGCCAGGACUUGGUGCCCGAAAGCCCAUCCAAGCUGAGUUCCAAGAGGCCCAAGGGGAUCCUGAAGAAGCGAAGCACUAGCGAGCAUCGCUCUCACAGCACUGGCUUUAUCGAAGGCGUAGUGGCUCCUGCCUUACCCUCUGCUUUCAAGAUGGAGCAGGACUUGUGCCGGACUGGCGGGUCCCUCCCCAGCUCCCCCGAGGCAGAGGCGCCAGGUAAACUCAGCCCCAAACAGUCGGCCACCAUGCCCAAAAAAGGCAUCCUGAAGAAGACCCCGCAGAGAGAAUCGGGCUACUACUCCUCCCCCGAGCGCAGCGAGUCUUCGGAGCUGUUGGACAGUACCGAUGGGAGCAGCAUCCCGCCCCCCAGCCCCCCGGACACAGCCAGGGUGGCUUCCCACAGCCUCUCCUGCCGCAGGAAGGGCAUCUUGAAGCACAGCAGCAAGUACUCAGCAGGCACCACGGACCCAGCCCUUGUCAGCCCUGAAAUGCCCACACUGCAAUCCUUGCUGGAGCCCGGCGUCCCCACUGAGGGCCUCUCCCGGAGCUACAGCCGGCCUUCCAGCGUCAUCAGUGACGACAGCGUCCUGUCCAGUGACUCCUUCGACUUGCUGGAUUUGCAGGAGAAUCGCCCCGCCCGCCAGCGCAUCCGCAGCUGCGUCUCUGCCGAAAACUUCCUGCAGGUGCAGGACUUUGGGGGGCUCCAGAACCGGCCCCGGCCCCAGUACCUGAAGCGGUACCGGAACCGGCUGGGAGACAGCAGCUUCUCCCUCCUCAUGGACAUGGAUGAUGUGACUCAGGUCUACAAGAAGGCUCUGGAGAUCUGCAACAAGCUCAACUAGCAUCCUGGGGUGCAGGGGCGGGUUGGGGUGGGUACGAGGGAGCAGUGGGAGCAAUGACUUGUGCUAAUGAGCUGGUUACCUCUUUGCUGGCUGUGAUAAUAGACUGAAAAAGGAUUGGUGCCAUUUCUCUUGGCCAGGUUUGCAGCCUUGAGCCAGCACCCACAAGGGAGAAGUGGGCUCUCUGCCAGCCCUGCCAACUGCCACUCAGAAUCUGGGUCCUAAUUGGCGUUUGCUUUCUGGCACCUCCUAGAGGACCAGCUGUCCAGGGGAGGUGGUGUUGGCCAGCACUUAGAGGGUGGGGCGGAAGCAUAUGGGAGAGGGAGCAUUUCCCUAGAAGUCGUCCAGAUGCUUUUCUGAAGGAGGGGCAAGACAGACUGGGGCCACCUGUUCUGGGUGAGGUCGGAACUUGCUCCUUCUAUCCUCACAUCAGCAAGCCUGGUCUGACUACAUGGGGUUGACAAGUAGAUUUCAGCAACCUGAGCUCGAAUCUGUGAUCAAUUGAUAGUGGCUGCUGGGUGUGCUGGUUCGAGUAGCCCAGGCACCUGGGAGGAGUACUGUGUAGUAAUGGCUGCCAUGAGGCCCGGAAGGGGGCAGUAGCACACAGGCCAUGUAAUUGCCAUCCUUGACCUGGCUGGGCCCUGGGAGUGUCAGGUGAAGGUGUCCUAAGGUGUCCUGGGAUCUAUAUUCUUCCUUUCAUGCUGCUGGUGUGGCGUUUGUUAAUUUGCUACUCUACUUUGAAUGGAACACAGGGCCUUGGUCAGAGAGAGAAUACUCUGAGCACUGCUAAGGAUUGAGAGUCAACCCAUGGUGAUUUUUUUGGCUUCUUGUUGUCUGCCUCCUCUUCCCUGAUGUCUGCCUUGCUCUUCAGCACAGCCUUCCAAGGGUGGACAGGGAAAACAGUGGUGGUGUCAGAGGUCAAAACUAUGGUGUAUAACAGAGCUUGGAACUCUCUGUGGUCUGCACAGAUGAGUGGAAAUUGAUCCACACCAGCAAGGGGGCAAGCUUGUCGAUUCCUUUAACAUCUCAGUAUUAACUGGAGUGCUCCCUGCUGGGUCUUCACCUGUGUGGGUGCUUUGAGUUGGAUGAGAUGUGUCCAUAGGCUUCAGAGGAGUAGCUGGCUCAACAUUGACCUAUUUACUAAUAGCAAAUGGUUUCCCAUCCACCAAGUGUGGAAUCCUCAGACGUAGGUGAGUCUGCUUCUAGGAAGUUAGCGUGCAGGUGGGAUAUUUGGGUGAAGAAAGGAGAGCCAGGCAGAAGGUGCAUUCCCCACACACAUAGGUAUUCUGUGUCAUGGGUUUGAACUCCUAGGCUCUGGGGAGAAAGAAAGUUCUAGACAUGCAAAUGAAAAAGGUGUUGAAAGCAGAGUGGAUGGGGAGGAAGCACACAGGAAAGAACAUUUCCCUGGAAGUCAUCCAGAUGGUUCUGGAAGAGGCAGAAAAGAGAUGUGACAGGACAUUUGUCUUAAAAUGUAACUUAACUAGUUAUUUGACUUCUAGACACCAGAUUACAAGUGACAAGAUGUCACUCCCACAGUGGGACACCUUUUGGAUGUGGGGUUUGAAAUUAAUGGUCUUAUUUGGGAAUGUGGGAUGACUUGAAAUUGUACUGGCCUGGGCAAAUCAAAACCCUUGUUUCAAGAUGGUCAAUUUCUGAUAGUCAUCUAGAAAUAUAAGGAGGACAAAUCUUGGGGGCAUUUUUGGGAAAACCAACAGUUCAUAAGGAGAUGAGAAAGAAUUUGCCUUAAAGCACUAACAGUGUGAAUUAGAAUGAAACUGUCCUUUCCCUAAGGAGAUGGCUCCAUUUCUCCCCUCACCACCAGCUCUGGGUGGGGGCUUGUGCAUUCCUUCAGGUUGAGCUGAGUAGUGUAUUAUGGGAAGCAUCUCAGUUUCCUUUCAUUCAGUUCCACCUCCUUCCUGAACUCCAGCAUAGGUUCAAAGGGAAAAAAAUCUGUAGAUAGCAAAUUAUGUGUGGGGUUUGUGUGGGUGCAUGGAGGGCAUUCUGCAACCUCUGAGCAUCUUACUCCCUGUCUCACUUUAUGCAACCUUUUCUGAACAGCCUGUAUUGCUACGCUGCUGGUCCCUCACGCAUGGCAGCUGGCCUCGUUGGUAGUUGUCAGUAUGACUUCAGUGUAACACCUACCUACUGGUUGAUGCAUUUUUUUCCUUUUGCCAAGUGAUUGCAUCUGUUCAGUAUUUUCCAUACUUCUUAUCUUUAAGUAAAAGUGAAACUAUUAAGGAAAAUCAUUUUACUCUCCCCAUCUCACCACCAUGAAAAACACAGGUGUGUUCUCUUUUGUCAAUAAACCUGGACAGUGGAUUAUGGCAAAGGCAGUCCUCCACUCAGAGGCAGGGAUUCUGAGUUGAGUCCUGGUGUGCUGCUAACCAGCUGGUGGCCAUAGGCACCUACAGUGUUUUGGGGGCUAAGCCUUCCCUUCAGUGAGGGCAGGAGGGGUAGAUUUGCUGGUCCUGCAGCCCUGUCUAGGUCUGACAUUCUGCUAAUACCCUCAGAUUCUAGAUGCAAUAUCAAUGCUGUCCUUUCGAGGAAAAGCUUGGAAUAGUAGGAAAAUCCCUGAAAAGUCCUAUUGUCCCUACCAGCCAAUUCCCAUCCAAGGAAGUCAUGCUUGAUUAAUUUCCAUGGAAUUAAAGUGAGAGACACUUUUAUGAUCCAGUGGACCAAGCAGGAGAUUCGAUGUCAGCUGUCCUGGUCCUUCCCGUGCCUCUGUAGGCCUUUCAGUGUCUUAGUUUACAUGUCUGCCAAAGGAGUAGAAUUCUACUUCUCUUUACAGGUAAAUUUCAAGGCAUGAUCAGUUUUCAGGAAGUGCUUCAAGACCCCAGGUGAAAUUACAAUGCCGAGUGCUCUCUGAAUUUCCAUCCCUGUUGUAAGGUGCUGCUGCUUCAGAUGAUGGGGGGCACUUUGCAGGGUGAAAUCCAGGUGAGUGUUACCCAGGCCUGUUGUCUUGAGUACAAAUGUGAAUGAUCGACUGACUGCUUAUUGCCAAACUGGAAAUGUUCUGUAGGGAUUUACUGGCAUGGUAUAUCAUUCCUAGAAGAAAAAAAUAAGAGAGAGAGAAACUUGACUGCACAUUUUUUUUUUAAAUCCGUGUUGUGACUUUUAUUUAAUUUCUUUUUUUUUUUUUUUGGUAAUAAAAAGUUGACUUUUUUAUUUGAAUUUGUCUUUUUUUAAUUUAUUGGUCUGAAAGGCAUUUCAAAGGUAUUAUAAUAAUAUAUUGGUGUAAUUUAAUUGGUGCAACAUGCUUUAUGGCUCCAGUCAAAGUUGGUUUUCACUCAUUUGGUUGGUUGGAGCCCAGAACAGCCUACAGGGAAAGAAAAGCUGGAUAACCACCCAAAAGUUGUUUGUAUUUUUAUUGGAAACUGAUUUUUGUUUUUUCUUUGUUUUCGUUUUUUUUUUGUUUCUGUUUUUAUUUUUAAAUUAAAUAAAUUGCAAUGAGCUGAACUGAAUUGGGA